AUGAUGUUGAUCCCUGAGGUUUUCCUGUGCCCAAUCAGCCUGGACCUCAUGUCCGACCCCGUCACCCUCCUCCCCACCGCCCAGACCUACGACCGCCCCAGCAUCCGGCGGUGGCUCGCCGCCGGCCACCGCACGUGCCCGGUCACCAUGCGCCCGCUGCCGCACCACACAUCGGGCUUGUUGGCGCCCAACCGCACGCUCAAGCACCUCAUCGACCGCUGGCUCCUCCUCGCCGACCUCGCGCUGCCCACGCUCAGGGACAACCUCCUCGACGCCGCCGCCGCCACUGACUCCGCUCCAAUGGUGGCGGCCGUGGAGACGCUGAGGAUCGUCAGGUCGCUCUCCCCUCCUGGCUUCUGCGCCCUGCUCCUACGCCUCCUCAUGGUUCGGAGCAGCGGUGAUGUGCUCGCCGAGCUGGCACUCGACUGCCUCCUAGCGUCGCCGUCCACGCGGGAGCUCGCCGACGCGCUGCAGGAGGAGAAGAAGUUGCCCUCCUCCUUCGCCUUCCUCCUGAGACAGGGGAGCCCCAAGGUCAAGACAGCCCUGUGCCGCCUAAUCCACACCGUCGGAGCUGUUGCCGUCGACGCCGUCGGGGCCUUGGGCCGCUCAGAGCCGGUCAUGGGAGCACUGGCAGCUCUGGUGCGCGACGACACCGCCGGCGGCGCGUCUGACGCCGCUCUGAGGGCGAUGUGCAGCCUCUGCUCGUCGGACCAGGCCAGCCGGGAGGCCGUGGUGACGGCGGGCGCCGUCGACGCCCUGCUCUCGUACAUCAGCUCCGGCGGCUCCAGAAAGAGGCCGUCUUCAUGUGCGCUCUGGACCCUGGCUCUGGAGACGCUGGAACUCGUGCUCGUCAGCGUGGACGCCGGCAGGCAGGCUAUGUACGCCCGCCCCGGUGCGACGGCCGUCUUGGUGAAGAUGGUCUUCAUGGUGCCCUCCCGUCAGGACCGGGUGGGCGGCUGCGGCAGCGAGCACGCCAUCGGGUCGCUGCUGGUGGCAUGCCGCGAGUCUGCGGAGGCGCGGGUGGACGCCAUCAAUGCCGGGCUGCUCACGCGGCUGCUUCUGUUGCUGCAGAGCCAGUGCAGCCCCAGGGCCAAGGCCAACGCCAUGGCGCUGCUCAAGCUGCUCAGGGCCAUCUGGGCUCGCCAUUGA